UUCCUGAUUGGUCAACAACGCACAACGUGAAGUGGGUUGCACUUCUAACCUCACUUUCUGACUAUUGUUUAUUUUCGAGUACUGAAAUAUCUCUAAUAAGGGUAUUUAUGUUUUACGCUAAGCAGUAGUGAACUACAAUUUGGAGCAUUUUUCUAUUGUAAAAAUGGACCCACUUGCAGGGGGCGAAGUGAACAUUGGUCGAGAAUGGCCCACUAUAAAUGCGAAGGAUGAUGAAAAGGAAGAGGAAGCUUCAACAUUUGUUGAUAAGAAAAUCCUCAGAAUGAUGAAAAUGAUGGGGUAUCAGUCUGGUUUUGGCUUGGGUAAGAACAAGCAAGGUGUGACGGAACCUGUAGCCGUUGAGCCACAUUUGAGUAAGCGAGGUUUAGGAUUGGAAAUAAAAAAUUUGGAUUAUUCUAAAGAAGAGUGGGACUACUCUUUAGAUAAACCAACAGUUGUUGAAAAAGUUAGCUGGUUGUGUAGCGAAAAAGUUUUGGAAUUGAGCGAGGAUGAGAUGGUUAAAUGGCCAAGGGAGGGCAAGCCCACUAAUAAUAUGGAAGAAGAGUUUAAUUUUUGCGACAAACAAACAUUGCAUGAUGUUCUACAGGGAAAAAAUAUAUUUGACGUACUAGACCUUAAGGAACUCUGCCAAGCUCGUGCGCGAGCGAACCCUUUUGAAACAAUCCGUUCCGUUUUUUUCAUGAAUCGAGCGUCGUUAAAAAUGGCAAACAUUGACGCUGCAACCGAUUUCAUGUUCACAAACAUAAAUCACAGCCACCAUGAAGAUUCCGGACCUUACUAUUUUGCGGACGUUUGUGCCGGGCCUGGGGGAUUUACCGAAUACAUUUUAUGGCGAAAAAAAUGGAUGUUUAAGGGAUUUGGUCUCACAUUACGUGGUGAUAACGAUUUUAAAUUAACGGAGUCACUUUGUGCCUCUCCUGUCACUUUUUUGCCACUGUACGGAGCCAGCGGUGACGGCAAUGCUUGCUCUCCUGAAAAUAUCAGCGAUUUUUCUGAGAAGGUUUUGUUCGAAACGGAGAACAAAGGAGUGCAUUUCAUGAUGGCAGAUGGCGGGUUUUCCGUUGAAGGGAACGAAAAUAUCCAAGAAAUUCUGUCCAAAAGUUUGUACAUUUGUCAGUGUUUGAUUGCUUUGGAAAUUUUGCGUAAACAUGGUCAUUUUGUGACCAAAGUAUUCGACAUUUUUACUUGUUUUAGUGUUGGACUUUUGUACCUAAUUUAUCAUUGUUUUGAGAAAGUAUGCAUUUUGAAACCUAAUUCGUCAAGGCCUGCAAAUUCGGAACGAUACGUCAUUUGUUGUAAUUAUAAGGGCCGGGAAAAUGUUGAAAGCAUAAGAAUUUAUUUGAAAAAAAUUGUUCAAAGAUUGUGGGAACUGAAAAACGACAAUAAUUUGGACGUAAUAGAAAUCGUACCUUUAUCUAUCCUAAAAAGCGAUCACAAUUUCUAUUCGUACGUUUGUGAUAGUAAUAAUAGAAUAGCCAAAAACCAAACGAUAAGUCUACAAAAACUUGCCGCUUUUUGUAGAAACCCUUUGUUGACAGAGUACCGACAAGAAGAACUGAGAAGACAGUGUCUAGAUUAUUGGAAAAUUCCAGACAAACCUAAAAUACCUCUCCCCAAGUACACAACGGAGAACCUACUUGACGAAACAGUCGAAAAUAGAGAAUUACUUUUGGUGCAACCACGUGAGAUAUACUCAAUUGAACAAUUACAAACGGUUGUGGAUGACUUAAAUGACUGGCAUUACGCUCUAAUGCAAUGUAAAAGAGCCACAAACAUUUGCAACUUUUAUGCAGGGGUGGGAUUAUCGCGAGUCUAUCGAAUGCAGGGUAAUAAAUGGGUGAGAGUGAAAAAUUUGCAACUGGUUCGAGGGACCUUACUGUAUGGAGAAUUGGUAAAGGAAAAAUGUUACAUGGAAGAAUCAGUUGGAAAAGUUGGAUAUAAGUAUAGUUUACACGUAAUAGACGCAUUGCGAUUGGGAGACCUCUACUUGACUGAUCUAAAAUUUGACGAAAGAAUUAAACUAAUUAAAAUCUAUUGCAAAGCAAUUAAUUAUGAAUUUCGAACGAAUAGUAUCAGGAUUCGUCCAAAAUCAAUACAUGACUUACAGUCCUUAUCUUUGGAUCUUCCUUUAACUAAGGAUCAGAGUUCUGGAACAUAUUUUUCACCAUUGCCAGUUUUGGGUUAUAAAGUCAAUAAUGAAGGUUUUGAAGUGAAUUCGCUUCUACUUUUAAAAACUGGCCAACACCAAUCGUUUCAUUCUACGUAUGUUCUAAGGGUGCAAAUGUUUUUGGAAGGGGACCAACAUUUUUCCUUGGAUAGUUUAGUAGAGUUAAUUCGGCAAAAAAGGGCUUUGUUGUGACAUGUGUGUUGUGUUCGUUGUUAUUAAGUAAAUAAUUCACUUGCAGUAAGGAAUGCAUUAACUAGAUUCUCAACGACGUUAAAAGAUCACAAUAUUUUUUUUCCUACCUCA